AUUGUGUAGUACUGUACCUGUAAAAGUGACUAUCAUGCAAUAAUUGCACUUAAGAUGUUUUUUAGGCUGUAUGACUGCAUAGGGUGUGAUGUUCAGAAUGAUUAGAUCAGGUGGUUAACUGUCACAUUGAUUUUGUUAUUGUCUAACAGCCCAAAGGAAGUAUCUCUUCCUUAUCCUGUUAAGUUUUAAGAAAGUGUCUUAUUGUUGCUUUCAUAUUUAAAACUAUGUCUGUAUCUUAAAAGUAUCUUGGUUUCAUGGUUAAAAUGUCUAUAGAAAUUGUAUUACAUUUUUGUCCACUUUUUGGUAUGUUUCAUGCACAUUGAUCUAAUAUUGCAUUUUUGUGGAUUCAAGAUUAGUUUUAUUGCUCAGACAUUUUCUACUUGUUUCCAGCAGACCAUCUCUCUCUCCCUCUCUUUUUUUCUCUACCUUUCUCCUGUGUCAUCAUUUUUGGGCUGAAUGCUGCAGGCAUUGCCUUGGAUUAGCAGGGCAGUUGUGAGGAUUCGGCGAGUUGGAGCUCAAAUCAUCCCAAUGGCUCAGAACUGCAAUGCUUCAUCCACAGAGAAGGGUGGCGCUGUCACAGCAGCUAUUCUCAUCAUAGGAGAUGAGAUCCUAAAGGGCCACACUGUUGACACUAACAGUGCCUUCUUGUGUCGUGGACUCCGCAAGCUUGGCGUCACUGUACAGCGUAUCACUGUGGUACCUGACAUCCAAGAAGUCAUCGCUAAAGAAGUGGCCCAGCUUUCUUCCUCCGUUACUCACCUCAUCACAUCCGGUGGUGUUGGCCCCACCCAUGAUGAUGUCACUUUUGAGAGUGUUGCCAUGGCAUUUGGCGAAUGCCUGCAUGCCCACCCGGAGCUAACAAGGCUGGUGGAGGAGUUCUUUGGGUCCGUCGAUCCCAACAGUACCACUAUGAAGCUUGCCAUGGUCCCCAUUUCUGCCAAACUCAAUUUUGGCAUAGACCCUCAGACUGGCCAGCGAAGUCGCUACCCUCUAGUCAGUGUCCGCAACGUAUACAUGUUCCCCGGCAUCCCCUCUCUUCUGGAACGGUCCUUUAACGGACUAACCCAUCUGUUUUCAGGUUCUGGUACCACCUUCCACACCCGUGAGGUGUUUGUGGAUGCAGAUGAGACAGAGAUAGCCCCGGUUCUGACAAAGCUCCAGGCGGGUUGGGGCAAGCGAGUCUCUCUUGGCUCUUACCCAGACUGGUUGAGCAAUUAUCAUCGCGUCCGAUUGGUUCUGGACUCCGACACUACAGAGGAGGUGGAACGGGCGCAAGCUCAGCUGAUAGAAGAGCUAGCCGAAGGGAGUGUAGUACCUCUCAUCACUGACCCGGUGUCAAUCGCCACUGAAGAGGUGUACACACUCUCAAACAGUGGUUCGCUACUGGGGCAGAAAGUAGCAACAGCUUUGAGGACCAUUGAGACGGCACUAGAACAGUAUUCAGCUAAUGAGAUCUGUGUGGGCUUCAAUGGUGGCAAGGACUGCACAGCUCUACUGCAUUUGUUUUAUGCUGCUCUGAAACGGCGGUAUCCAGAUAGUAAAGACAGAGUAAAAGCUUUGUACAUUCGAGUUGUCUCUCCUUUUCCUGAAAUGGAGAGAUUCUUGCAGGAUACAAUCAAAAGAUAUGACCUGGAGCUGUUCUCAGUGGAGGGCAGUAUUCGACAGGCACUGAGUGAGGUGCAGGAGAGGAGGCCGGAGUUGCGGGCUGUUCUGAUGGGAACGAGGCGGACUGACCCUUACUCACACACACUGACACCCCUCUGUCCCACAGACCCGGGCUGGCCUGAUUACAUGAGGGUUAACCCUCUACUGAUUAAAGGUGCAGUGGACUGUGCAGAUGUUCAGGACAUGAAGGUGUUUUCUCACAGGGACCCAGGUUUGAGUCUGACCUUGGACAUGUCCAGAUCCCACUCCUCCUCUCUCAAACCCACUUUCCUGUCUACACUCUACUGUCCUAUAAAUAAAGGCAAAAGGCCCAAAAAUGAAAUAAAAAAAUCAUACAAGUCAUGGAAAUAACUAUAGUAAAUAUACAGUACAGUAAAUGUUUCUAGUUAUACUGUGCUUUAAAUAUUUAGUUGGCCAGAUAUUGUUCUGAUGUACAGCUUGUAUAAAGUAAAACUUUCUUGUAAGCAUAGUAAUGUUCGUUUUGUGAGCGAAUCUUUCCUUGGUGUUGGUUCUUUUUCAAUUAAAAAUUGAAUAUUAGUUCACAAACUGAUUUGAAUGAUUCGGUAGUGAACCUACAAACCUUAUCUAGAAGGUUUGGGGCCAAGACCCUGAACAAAAUGAUUUUCCUGACUUCUGGUUCCAUUAAUGGUUCUAUAACAUACAUUAUUUUACCAAUGGAUGCAACUCCAUGCUAAAAUACUCAGUGUAUCCUUCUGCGCUAUUUAAUGGCAUUAAACAUACAGCACGAACAGUGUAGCCCAGUUCCUGAAUGAAUGAAACGUAUCACCUUUUUCUUUUUAGUGAAUCAAACACUUACUGAUUACAUACAUUUAUUUUAUCUUUGACUCAAAGUAAACCAAGAAUUGUUAUGUGUAAUUAAGACUUGUGGGACUUAAAUCAGAGUAAUUACUUGAUGGUUGUUGAUAUGACAAUGUGUAAUUAAAGAUGCACAUUAUGAGUUUUGUUGGAAUUUGUGGUAUUUUAUUAAAAUGAAUUGACUGAAUAAAUAUCUUAACAGAAAUGUCUAAGCACACCAUUUGCAAGAAUCUGUUCUUUUCUACUAUGAAAUUAUCAUCUCAUUAUUUGGUAACAGGUUGCUGAGGGUGUUUCAAACCAAUAUUUUUCCUCAUAAGUAUUAAAAACUUUGUUAAUGGAACUGUUAAGGAACUGGAAUCAUUACAUUCCUUAAUCUCUUAAACUUAAACUUUGGGGCAGCCCAAAAAUCCCGCAGAGUAUAAGAGGUUAAGAUUUGUAGUUAUCCAGUAACAACAAAAAAAAAAAAAAAUUAUGGUAAAGGUCAUGGAAAAGUAAUGGAAAUUGAUUGGCCAGCACAUAAGGGAACCCUGAGUGUAUGUACUGUGUUUGCUUUGAAAUAGUAAGCAGAGAACAAAUGCAAUCACAGAUACACAAACACAAACUCAAAGAAAUAGACACAGUGAGAGAAACAGAAAGGCUUAAAUCCAUCUUGCCUUUCCUGUAGAUUCUGAACCGACUUCACAGUCAGUAAAUCACUGUCAUCUCUCCCGCUUACUCUUAUGUACGCUGGCAGCAGAAACUGGCAAGAAAUGGUGAAUGAUGAUAAAUGAGGCUCUCCGUGACCGUUACGCAGCAACUCCAUCAUCCUAAUCAGAGCUGCUUAUGUAAAAGACAUGACAGUACACCAUGUUCUCAGAAUUACAAAUGAUCUGGGAUCCAAAUUACUUUCAUGUAACUUUUAGAUGUUCGCUUAUUAUCCCCCCCAAUCUCUCUAU